AUGGCCGAAGACCCGGAACUUUUAAAAAGGCGACAUGAGCAACAACAACUACGGAAACAACUACAUGAAGUAUUCGGGCCGUUUGAUCAAUUUUGUGAGUAUGUUGCUGGUACGACCAGUGCCGGUUCAAGCGGUAUCAUGCGUCAUGGAGUAGUACAGAUUCCAACAACACCGUUGACUCCAUCAGCACGAUCAAGUAUGCCAGCCACUUCAUCAGCAAGUACUUCCACUACUCCUCAGCAAUCAACUCAACAAUUAUUGCAGAGCAUGCAAAAUCUUGUCACAUCUCCUAUUCAACCGCUUCAGGGAUUACCGUUCUGUAAUCGGGACUACUUGAACACUGCUCCGUCUUCAUCUACGCAUAGCGCCCCGGACACGGAAAGCUCGGCGAAGAAAGGAAAAAGACACAGAACAAUGGAUAGCGAUUCUGAAGUGGAUAGAGAUAAAAGAAGGCGUCGCAAUGAGGAAGCCAGGACGUCCGAGACUCCUAGUACUAGCCGCUCUAAUCCACCGUCGUCGUCCAAUUCCGAUAGUAUUCGAGCGUUGUUUGGAAACGAUGUUGAUAGAAAGGAGCCCCCAGAUAAAGGUAUCAGCCCUGAUUCGGGUGUUCAUUCGGCAGAGAACGACCCUGGUGAUGAAAACGACGUCCAUUCUGCCCAGUCUAUUAUUAAUUUAAUAACUAAAUUGUCCCCUCCUCUUUCGCCAAUCAAACAACGACCUACUGAUAAGAAAGCUGAACGGGAACGAAGGGAAAUGGAGAUUAGAGAAAAGGAAAGAAUUGAACAACAAAGAAGAGAGAAAGAGGAACGGGAACGCCUGGAAAAGGAGCAAGCUGAACGCGAAGAAAGGAUAAGGAAUGAACGCCUGGAACACGAGAGAAGGGAAAGAGAGCGAGAAGAAAAACAACGGAGAGCGAGAGAACGGGAAGAAAAGGAGCGCCGAGAUAGAGAACGUGAAGAAAAGGAACGCGAGGACAGAGAAAGAAAAGAGAAGGAACGUGAAGAGAAAGCCAAGCGGGAAAGGGAAAAUGAGGAGAAGCUGCGCAAAGACAGAGAAGAAGAAAAACUCCGAAGGGAGAAAGAGCGAGAAAAACGGAAAGAAAGAGAAAGGGAUCGACAUUCCGCUGAAAGGCGACCCAAAGAUUCAGAGCGAAAGGAUAGAAUCAGUGAACGAUCGGAGAAGACCAAGGCAGGGGAUGGCGAACGUCAGAAACCUGUGGAAAAUGAGCACAAGUCCGAAGAACAUGGUUCUCGCACCGAUGGUUUGCGGGGCGAAAUCAUCCUCAAGGGUCUAGAUCGAUCUAGAUUGAAUCAGCUUAUCGAGAUCGGAAGGAGAACGGGCCGGAUGAAGGAUGAUCGAAAAGAGGAUAGAAAGGAGGAGAGGAAGGAGAGGAAUGACAGCAACGUGGAGAAGCGCAAGGAUAAGAAAGAAAAGGAACGGAAGACAAAGGACCAACUGGGCGUCGAUGAGCUAGAUGCACUGAGACGAGAAAAGGAGUCUAGUGCAAAAAGCAGUCCGUGUAUACCGCGUGCAUCCAGCUCCCAGUCGCAUGACGGUAGUGACCACGGUCAAGUUCAUCGCCCGUCUUCGGUUGUUGGCAGCCAUCCUUCUCGCAGCAAUUUUGAGUGUGCAGCGCCGGAAUGUGUACCAGCGAAACCAUCACGACCAGUGAAACCUGAAGAGGGCAGCACUGAAAUGUUAUACGAUUUCUAUCAUUCGGUAGGAAAAUCGCGGAAACGCAAGGCUGAUGCUGAGGCUGACAAAGUUAACAAAAUGUUGUUCUACCUCGAUACUUCUGUAUAUUUCCUUUUAUCGGCUAAGCAUUUUACGUCAGCAGAUUCCCCAGAAGUUCGCGGUAAUCGCCAGUACUCAAUAAUUCGUGACACGAAUGAUCUGCUCAAGAGAGUGACGCAUGCCUUUUGUGCAGUAUCAGAAGGAUGUUCACCUUGGCAUAUGCAUAUGUUAUCUCGGAUACGUAAUCUCAGUUCGCGCUGUCAGGCCAAUCUUUUGUAUCACAUGUACAAUUUCAGAUCUCAGAACGCUAUAAAGUCGUACACCAUGCUCAUAAACAUGGAGUCGCAAAUCCAGGAAGAGAGACAAAAUGCGCAAAACGGUGCCUCAACCACUACGACUUCCUCUUCUCCUGCUGUUAGCGUUCAUUCCAAUUCAAAUCAAUCUGUAACUUAUGUGACAAUGCCGAGCAAAGUGUAUGAUGUACAGAGACAACAACUAAAAACACUUCAUCAUCUGAUGUGGUCUCAUCGAGUCUGGCAAGAUGCCGCCAAACGUGCUGAUAUCAGCAGCAUCGACAUGGCAUUUAUUUCCGGAUUGGAAAAGGUAUGCGGUCAACUGUUCCUGGACGCACCGCUUGAGAAAAUGUGUGCCUACAUGCUAACCGCUAUCGCUUGGUUGCGAGCCGAGUAUGAACGAGAAAAAGUUCGUGCUCCUCCUCCGACAGUGAAACGUACUGGGGGCGUGUCCUGA